CUUAUUGUGUUUUAGACCUGAUGAAGGUGAACGAGGAUAUUCAAGAGCUGAAUGAAUUGGAUGAGAAAUUUCAGAAAGUUCAUAUUUUCAAAACUGGAGAAAAUUAUUUGAGUUGUUCAAAGACUAAAAAGAACUGCCCAUCAAAAAAGUCUCAAAGAGCUGCCAAAAAUACUUUCACCUGCUCUUGGUGUGGAAAACAUUUUACAUAUAAAUUUAAUCUUAAAACACACAUGAGAGUUCACACAGGAGAGAGACCUUACACAUGCCAUCAGUGUGGAAAAAGUUUAACAUCUGUAGGCCAUUUUAAAGAUCAUCUCCACUGUCACUCUGGGGAAAGGCCAUUUGAAUGUGAUCAGUGUGGUAAAACAUUUGUUGUGGAUACAAACUUAAGAAAACACCUGAAAACUCACACAAAUGAGAAGCCUUACAAGUGCUCACACUGUGGAAAGAGUUUCUCUCAGUCACAACACCUGAAAAUACAUGAGAGAAUUCACACUGGAGAAAAACCUUACAAGUGCUCACACUGUGGAAAGAGUUUCUCUCAGUCACCGCACCUGAAAACACAUGAGAGAAUUCACAAUGGAGAAAAACCUUACAAGUGCUCACAUUGUGGAAAGAGUUUGACUCGAUUACACGACCUGAAAAUACAUGAGAGAAUUCACACUGGAGAAAAACCUCACAAGUGCUCACACUGUGAAAAGAGUUUCACUCAGUCACAACACCUGAAAACACAUGAGAGAAUUCACACUGGAGAAAAAUCUCACAAGUGCUCACACUGUGGAAAGAGUUUCACUCGAUCACAACACCUGAAAAUACACGAGAGAAUUCACAAUGGAGAGAAACCUUACAAGUGCUCACACUGGAAAAACAUUGAUGUACUUGGCAGAAGCUUUUAUCCAAAGUGACUUACAGUGCACACAGUGGUGGUGGCUGUGGGAAUCAAGCCAUCAACUUUCUGCUUACUAUUUCUGUGCUUUAGCCCACUACGCGAUCACCGCUCCACAAACCCUGAAAAUACAUGACUCCGCCCAUCUGCUGGCAGGUAAUCCCUGUCUACCGGGAUGAGGGAGGGGACAAGGGGAAGUAAACCAAGUUUGUCUCACACUUUGAAAAGACUUUCACUCAGCCACAAAACCAAAAUAGUUAUGAGAGAAUCCAUACCAAUGCUCUUUAUGUGGGAAGAAUUUCAGCCAAUUAAGUAAUCUACAUACACAUGGAAAGAUUUGCCUAAGUAGUAGAGGUCUGCAGGGGUCUUUGAAAGAUUAAUUGUUCAGCUCUAUUGGCAGCUAAUCUUGCACACCAACAGCUCAUAUAAGGUUCCAGUAUGGUGUCCUGCAUCUGCAAAUCCUCUUCCGCCAUUUUAAUGAUAAGAUAAAUAAUACAAUAUUUUGUUAAACUGAUUAUUUCAAGUGUAUAUUGACUUGCCUGCUGUGUGUUAACAUACUUCUGAUGUCAUUAUUAAAGCCAAUCAUUCAUAAUUUUAGGUUGUGUCUAGUGUCUGAAUUGACUAAAAUUAGUGUUGGGCCUCAUGUACUCAGAUAGGAGACAAAGGCAGGCCUACAUACAGUACAGUCAUAAAUCCUGACAUCAGCCUGUAGGAACACUCAAAGCCUGAUAACACAAAACAAAGGGAGUCCAAACAGACUACAGAUCCCAUCAAGCCUUGCUCACUUUACACCUAUGUAUGUAAUUGUGAAGGAUUGAACUCUCAACUCCUGUUAGAUGAAAAGCACAACAGAACACACCCUUCAACCAUGACAUCAUCGAGAGUAUAAUACCUCAGAGAUCCUUCUAAGCUUUGCUUCCAGCGACAGUAUGCACCACGUGUAAUUGCAGCCCUGCGUCUCCCAGGUACUUAGGUAAAGUUGGUUUUAUAUUCGCACAUUCGCGGACUUCCGCGUUCAAUAACUCGUGAAUUAAACGUUGUUGCUACACACAACACCUAUCACAUAUAACUACAGAUAUAACACCAGAAGCUACAACA